CGCGGCGACGCGGAAAGCGGAAGCGGCGGCGGCGGGGCGUUGGAUUAAAUGCAUUUAUGGAAAAAAAUUAGAUGGUAAGAUAAUUGAAUAUCUUACCAGUGCAAUGGAUUCUUCAGUGGAAAACAUGUACGUAAACAAAAUAUGGGUUCAGUGUGAAAAUGAAAGUUGUUUGAAGUGGAGAUUGUUGUCAAGUGAGGAUGCAGCCAGAGUUGAUCACAAUGAACCUUGGUAUUGCUUCAUGAACACUGAUACAAGAUAUAACAAGUGCUCUAUUUCUGAAGAAGAUUUUCCUGAAGAGUCUCAGCUUCAUCAAAGUGGAUUUAAGAUAGUCUAUUCACAGCUCCCUCUUGGAAGCCUUGUUUUGGUAAAAUUAAGGAAUUGGCCAAGUUGGCCAGGGAUACUUUGCCCUGAUCCUCUUAAAGGGAAAUACGUAACUUACGACUUAGAUGGAAAUGUUGAACGAUACCAUAUAGAAUUCCUCGGUGAUCCUCAUUCAAGAUCAUGGAUAAAUGCAACACUUGUUGGACAUUGUAGUAUCACUCUAAAGCCAGGAAACUGUAAGAAUAAAAAGAAGUGGUAUAAAAGUGCACUACAAGAAGCAUACCUACUCUAUGGAUUUUCUCAUGAGCAAAGACUGGAAAUGUGCUACCUAUCAAAACAGGCUAAAUCCAAAACAGAUGCCAACGUAACUGUGGUGGCCAAGAAAAGGAUACAAGUUUCCAAAAACAAUACUGAAAAGAAAAAGCCCAAAUUUAGAAAAAGGAAAAGGAAAGCUACUUUAAAAUGCUCUUUUGAAAAUGUGUGUUCAGAUGAAGCAUUGUCAGAGGAAAACAUGGUUGUCUCUGAGACUGAAAUUUUACUAAAAGAGCUGGAGCAAAUGCUACAGCAAGCACUAGAGCCCACAGCAACACCUGAUGAGUCUGAGCACGGACAUGGAGAAGAAACAAAUACAGGAGAACAGUUAUCAAAAUGCAGUCCUGAAGCUCCUGCAGGCAGUCCAUUUGAAAACCACUAUGAAGAAGACUAUCUUGUAAUUGAUGGGAUAAAAUUAAGAGCUGGAGAAUGCAUUGAGAAUAUAACCAGCAAGUUUAAAGAAAUAGAUGCUUUGAUGUCUGAGUUUUAG